CUGCUAUCCACACUCGUCUCAGCCUCUGUAGGGUUUGCCAACAUUUUUCUUUAGUGAUUCUCGUUUCCUAUAUGACGCUGAUUUGUUGAAUACAAUUUUCGGUGAAAUUUGAAACCAUGGGGCCAAAUAAAAAAGGUUACAACUGGAAAGCACGCCAAGUUGUCAAAACAAAAAUUAUUAAAGCUGAAGGGGUUGAGAUUGAAAUAAAUGGGGCAGAGUCUUCAAAGUAUGAUGAGUGCAAUGCACUUGUUUUGCCAUCAAAGAAAAGGACAACAAAAGUUGUUAAAGAGAAGAAAUCCAACCAGCGGAUCUUGUCAAAGACACAACGAAAAAAGCUAGAGAAGAUUGUAGAUGUCAAGAAAAAGAAAGCUAAUAGAGCAGAGCUGUUGGAGUCUCUAGCCAAGUUUCAACCCAGUGCCCAGGAACUGUCUAUGAUGACAUCCCUGACUUCAGUUCAAACUAAAGGCAUUAAACGAUCCAUUGCAGAAACUAAUUCUGUUACAUUGUUUGAUGAACCUGGAGAAAACAAGCAAGAAAAUGGAGCUGCUGGAGGCAAGAGGAGACAGAGAUGGAAAGAAAAGGAAGAAAAGGGUGAAGUUGAAAAUCCACAAACUGAUGCCAAUGUAAUUGGUCUAGAAGUGAUUGAUGAAUCAAGCGAUUCAGAACAAGAGGCAUCUGAAGAUGAAGAAAUAGCUGAAGAUGAAGAAGCUGAAGAAGCUGUUGUUUCUGAAGAGGUUGUUUCAAAAGAAGAGGUUUCAAAUACUAAUACCAAAGAAAUUGACGCCGCUGUCAAUACAACACAAGAAAUUAAGGAAACUAAAAGUGAUCACACUCCAGUGCCUAAACGUGAAUCAAAGCCGGCAAUUUUCGUGCCUGUUCACCGUACAGCGGAAGUUCAAGCUGCUAGGAUGAAACUUCCUAUUCUUGCUGAAGAGCAAGCAAUUGUUGAAGCCAUCAAUGAAAAUCCAGUUGUCAUUUUGGCAGGAGAGACUGGAAGUGGCAAAACUACUCAGGUUCCUCAAUUUCUCUAUGAAGCUGGAUAUGCGGCCAAUGGGAAAAUCAUUGGUGUCACAGAACCCAGGAGGGUGGCUGCAACAUCCAUGGCAAAUCGUGUGGCCGAGGAGAUGAACCUGCAUGAUGGUCAAGUUGGUUAUCAGAUUCGUUUUGAAGGCAACGUCAAGGACAAUACCCGCAUUAAAUUCAUGACUGACGGUGUUUUGUUAAAGGAAGUUCAAAAAGAUUUCCUUCUGAACAACUAUUCUGUGGUGAUUAUCGAUGAAGCUCACGAACGCAGUGUUUACUCUGAUAUUUUACUGGGCCUGUUGUCGCGUAUCGUGAUGCUGCGACAUAAACGAGGAAAUCCAUUGAAAAUGGUCAUUAUGUCUGCCACUCUUCGUGUCGAGGACUUUACAGAUAACCAACGCCUUUUCAAGACUAAGCCGGUCGUUAUACAGGUUGAAGCCAGACAAUUUCCCGUGUCAGUACAUUUCAAUAAACGGACGGCCUUUGAAGAUUAUGUGGACGAAUCCUAUCGCAAAGUGUGCAAAAUCCAUCGACAGUUGCCUGACGGAGGCAUUUUAGUUUUUCUAACUGGUCAACAAGAGGUUAAUGCCCUUUGUAGAAAACUACGUCAGACGUUUCCGGGUGUCAAGAAGACGGAGGAGUCCAAGCCUGUAGAGACUACACCAUCAAAGCCCGAAGGUGCCCCCGUCAUUUCCGACCCAGAAGAGGACGAAGACAUGGAAAAGGUUUUGUCUAAAAUCAAAGCAAAAAAGCAAAACAUGAAGAAGCGCUCAAAGAAGGAAGUGGAUCAGCGAGUAAAGAUCAACUUAGAUCAUUAUUCUGCUUUGCCACUUCAGGAGCAAGAACAAGAUCACGAUGAAAGUCUCGGUGAUUUGGUGGAUUCAGAUCAAGAACUCGAUAUCAACGAUGAGUCGGAGGCUUUAUCUCAGAGUCAAACUGCACCUCCUUUGUGGGUCCUUCCCUUGUAUUCCCUUCUACCCUCCUAUCGCCAACAGAAAGUGUUUGCUCCUCCGCCCGAAGGAUCGAGAUUGUGUGUGGUGGCCACUAAUGUCGCAGAAACUUCACUUACGAUACCUAACGUCCGUUAUGUAGUCGAUACUGGUCGAGUCAAAACUAAAUUCUUCGAUAAAGUCACGGGAGUGUCCGCAUUUCACGUUACCUGGACCUCGCAGGCUGCCGCUAACCAGCGUGCUGGUCGUGCUGGUCGUACUGGCCCAGGCCAUUGUUAUCGUCUCUAUUCUUCUGCCGUUUUCAAUGAUGAGUUUGAAAAGUUCUCUUUGCCAGAUAUCGCAAGAAGGCCGAUCGAUGAUUUAGUUUUGCAAAUGAAAUCGAUGGAUAUUGAAAAAGUUAUUCACUUUCCGUUCCCUACGCCUCCAGAUAUCCAGCAAUUAUACGCAGCUGAGCGCCGUUUACUGUUGCUUAAUGCUCUGGAACCGCCACCACGCAACAUCCGACUGAAACAAAGUCAAGAGUGGACAUCAAAGAUUACUCCACUGGGAAGAGCCAUGGCCGCCUAUCCACUAGCACCACGUUAUGCAAAAAUGCUUUUACUCAGCCAACAACAUGACCUGCUGCAAUUGAGCAUCACUUUGGUGGCUGCCUUAUCCGUUCAAGAACUCGUACUGGACCAGCCAGCCGAUUCUGAGCCAGGCGAUACGCACAGAAGAUGGCUUGGUCAACGCCGGUCCUGGGCUGGAACUGGACAGUCACUCUUUUUGGGUGAUCCAAUGGUACUUGUCCGAGCUGUUGGCGCAGCCGAGUAUUCGGGUGACAUCGAGGCUUUCUGUUCCACAAAUGGGAUACGCAGCAAAGCCCUACGUGAAGUGCGCAAGUUGCGAGUCCAGCUGACCAACGAGACCAAUUUAAUUAUCCCGUCUGGUACAACUCCCAUCGUAGUUGACCCUCGUAUGGCACCACCAACAGAGCUUCAAGCGAAACAAUUGCGACAGAUUCUAAUGGCAGGACUUCCAGAUCACGUGGCCAGGAGAAUAGCUCCAAACGAAAUUAAAGAAGCCGAAGACCGUAGGAAAUACAAAUACGCUUAUCGCUGCCCGGAGAUGGAGGAUCCCGUUUUCCUUAACCCUUCGAGUAUCUUGCGCUAUUCACACCCUGAAUGGAUCGUCUAUCAAGAUAUUUAUGAACACGAUGAUAAAAUUUAUCUGCGUGGUAUUACGGCAAUCGAACCAGAAUGGCUUCCUGUCUUUAGUCCUUCACAGUGUACCUUCUCCGCCCCAUUGGAGCUUCCUGCUCCUCGUUAUGAUUCUGAUCAGGGAAGAAUAGUGUGCCACAUGAAUGUUACAUUCGGAAGAAGUGGUUGGCCUCUACCGGUCAUGGAACUCGAAUUCCCAGCUGGUAUUGACCGGUUCAAGUUUUUCGCCCAAUUUUUCCUUAGUGGAGAUGUCUGCCACCCUCUAACGAAAUAUACCAAAUUUCUACUAUCAACUCCCUCAACAAUGGUCAAGACUUGGGCAAAGCUCCAGCCCAGAACACAGUUGUUACUUAAAGAAUUGACAAUUCAAAACGUCGAUAGUUUGGACACGCUUCUUGGCGCUUGGCAAAAAGAUACACUCUACCUUUUGGCGGCCUAUCAGGCGUGGGUGCCUGAAUCUCUGCAUGAAGAAGUUGCAGCCCACUGGCCACCCGUGUAAUUGAAUUUAACAUCGCUUGAAUAAAUUGGGGUGAAAGAACA